AUGUUGGCGUUGCUAUUUCUUCUUCUAGGGGUGAUCUGCCCUACCCUUGCCCAUCCGGUGCCGAGAGCUACUCUGAAUAGACUGUAUCGUAGAGAUAUCUCUCCGUCUCUUCUGGCGGAUUUCAACCGCUUCUCGCAGUUCUCGGCUGCGGCCAAUUGCGAAGCGAACCAUAAUGCCUCCUCGAUUGGGUCGGCUGUCUAUUGCGAUUCGGGGUUUUGCGACACCAUCCGCGAAUCAAGUACCCAGAUCAUUGAGGGAUUUGAGGAGAUCAAGCCAGGUGGUACCACCGGAUACCUCGCUCUGGACAACACGAACAAAUACAUCGUCUUGAGCUUCCGUGGGACGGUCUCCCAUGCAAACAGCAAUGCCGACUUGGACUUCCUCCAAACGGACGCAUCGACCGCCUGCACGGGAUGCAAAGCACACCAUGGUUUCUGGACUGCAGCACAGAGCGCUAUGGACAUUCUCCUGCCCAGGGUAGAGGAGGCAUUGCAAGAGAACCCGGACUAUCGGAUCGUUCUGACGGGACACAGUCUCGGUGGCGCCCUUGCUACCCUGGGAGCUGUGACCUUGCGGAAUGCUGGACAUACGGUUGAUUUGUAUUCCUUCGGCGCCCCAUCCGUCGGUAAUAAGGCGUUCGCCGAGUACAUCACCAAGUCCACUGCCGGCAAGAACUAUCGCAUCACCCACACCAGCGACGAAGUGCCCAAGGUCCUCUUCCGGUUAUCUCGGCACAAGCCACUGAAGCUUGUGGUCCCCGAGUAUAGCCAGUCGUCGCCGGAAUACUGGAUCACGUCGCCCAAUGGCGUGUCGGUGACGAAGUCCGAUAUUCAGGUGAUUGAGGGAAUCAAUAAUGAAGCCGGUAACUUGGGUACCAAGGAAAUCACCAUGGAGCCUCAUGGAUGGUACAUGGGCAGUACGAGCGUGUGUGCCCAGAUCUAA